AACCGCCAUUGAAAGCCAGUGAUUCCACACAAACCCAUCAAAACCAAACAUAGUUAAAUUGAAAUUAGAUUUCAAUUUUGUUACUUUUGAAAUUACACCGAAACAUGCCUUUAAGAAUUUUAAAUCAAACACAAUCUUCAUGCUAUUAAAUUUGAUUUUAACCAUUUCAAAAUCAUGUUCACUACAAACAACAUCCCAAUCUCAACUAAAUAAUGAAACGUAUUAUCAUAUUCUAGUGUUGAUUCUCAUGGGAAUAAGAGGGUUGGGUCAAGUAAUUCUGGGACUAAACUUGUACUCAAAACCAAUCCAACCAACCACACCUAACACACAUUGUGUCUAAUUAUUUGCUCAACCACCCAACAAUCUGAAAGAGCUAGCACUAUCCUUGCCUUCUUGGUUUCCCUAUCAAACACUUAAACUCACAAUUGACUGGUCUUUCAAUGCAAGAGGUUGUCCGUUGUUUUCCCAGUUGGCCUUAGCCUUAUCAAGACUCCUUUAUUUCGGAUAUCAUUGUCCCCUUCGAAGCUUAGCGAGAUAUAAUUCAACUUCUUCCCAUUUGGAGAGGGUGCUUGAACGGACAACAUCAGACAACCCUCUUACACACGUCCAAAAACCAACCACAGCUUUCCACACGUGCGCUAUGCUAUUUGUCUGCACCUGCUAUGGACAUAGAAAAAAAGUUGUUAUCUUGUUGGUUUUUAUCUGUGCUCUUUUCAGAGAUUCAGUCUUCAUGUUCAGAUUUCGGACCCCACAUUCUCCCAAAACCCACUUUCUAAUUCAGUUCACUCUUUUAGAUACCUUUCAUUUCAACCCUUCAGCUCCAUUUCAUGUACUAAGCUCUCUGUUCAACAGUGCUUUGAGAAAGGUCAAUUCUUUUUUGUUCUUUGUCCUUUAACAAACCCAUCUUUUCUCCUUGAAGUUGCUUAGUUUUAUCUACAUAUUAUUUUAUCAUGUUGGUUGGAGUGGUUAUAGCUAAUGUUAUUUUAUGAGGUCUUGUUUUCUUCUAGUUCUGGCUAUUAUCAGGCAUUUAAACAAACGAGCUGUCUUUCCUUGAACUUGGAGGUGAUUUUGCAACAGAGUUGGAAGGACUCACAGAAGCUAUCUGAGUGUUCCAGAAUUUCAUCCCUUUCUAUGUUUUCUUUGCUUCUAGUUGCUCCAUUACAAAUCUCGCCUAAUAAUUCUUGAGUUGAGGAAGUUGAAGGCUAGACUUAUUCUGAGUGUAUAAAAGUUUAUUGCUUUUUGAGGAUCAGGCGAAGUAGAAAUAUGCAGAAGCCUCUUCAAUCUCAUGAUUUUGCUCUUAAGGAGACCUAUCCUAAAAUAGGGGCGGUGUCAAUAAUGGGAGACAAGCUGUCUAGUACGUAUGACCUUGUGGAGCAAAUGCAAUACCUUUAUGUUUAUGUGGUGAAAGCUAAAGAUUUACAUGGAAAAGAAGUCACUGGUAGCUGUGAUCCUUAUGUGGAAGUGAAACUUGGAAAUUAUAAGGGAACAACAAAACACUUUGAGAAGAAGUCCAAUCCUGAGUGGAAACAAGUUUUUGCUUUCUCAAGAGAACGAAUCCAAGCGUCUCUUUUGGAAGUGGUGGUGAAAGACAAGGCUUACGUAAUAGAUGAUUUCAUGGGGCGGGCUAUUUUCGAUCUCAACGAUGCUCCAAAACGUGUCCCUCCUGACAGUCCGCUGGCACCGCAAUGGUAUAGGCUGGAGGAUCGAAAGGGGGAUAAAGUCAAAGGAGAGCUUAUGUUGGCUGUGUGGAUGGGAACUCAAGCAGAUGAAGCAUUUCCUGAUGCCUGGCAUUCAGAUGCUGCAACUGUGGGAUCUGAAGCCAUUGCUAGCAUCAGAUCAAAGGUUUAUCUUUCUCCCAAACUUUGGUAUGUAAGAGUAAAUAUCAUUGAAGCUCAGGAUCUAGUACUGAGUGAUAAAAGUAGGCAUCCAGAAGUUUUUGCGAAGGUUAUUAUUGGGGCUCAAGCUAUAAGAACCAGGAUAUCUCAAAGCAAGACUAUAAAUCCAAUGUGGAAUGAGGACUUACUGUUUGUGGCUGCUGAGCCAUUUGAGGAGCCAUUGCUUCUGACAGUAGAAGACAAGGUGGCAUCAAACAAAGACGAAAUUCUAGGGAGGUGUUUGAUUCCCCUGCAAAAUGUGCAGAGGCGAUUAGAUCAUAAACCUGUUAGCACUAGAUGGUAUAAUCUUGAGAAACAUAUUAUUGCAGAUGGUGAACAGAAAAAAGAAGUUAAGUUUGCCAGUAGGAUUCAUCUUAGGAUUUGUUUGGAUGGUGGGUAUCAUGUGUUGGAUGAGUCAACCCACUACAGUAGUGAUCUUAGGCCUACUGCAAAACAGUUGUGGAAAUCUAGUAUUGGGGUUCUUGAGUUGGGGAUUCUUAGUGCUCAAGGGCUCAUACCAAUGAAGAUGAAAGAUAGCAGAGGGACGACUGAUUCCUAUUGCGUGGCAAAAUACGGACAGAAGUGGGUUCGAACGAGGACUAUUGUAGACAGUUUCACUCCGAAGUGGAACGAACAGUACACUUGGGAGGUUUUUGAUCCCUGCACUGUUAUUACUGUUGGGGUGUUUGAUAAUGGUUAUAUAGGUGGGGGAAGCAGCGUAAAAGAUUCAAGGAUUGGAAAAGUUCGGAUUCGGCUAUCGACCCUUGAAACUGAGAGGGUCUACACUCAUUCAUAUCCACUUCUGGUCCUUCAUUCUUCAGGAGUGAAGAAAAUGGGUGAAGUGCAGUUGGCUGUAAGGUUUAGUUGUUCAUCUUUGAUUAACAUGUUGCAUAUGUACUCCAGCCCAUUGUUGCCAAAAAUGCAUUACAUUCACCCAUUAUCAGUAAUUCAGCUUGAUACCUUAAGGCGCCAGGCUAUGCAAAUUGUGUCGAUGAGACUAGGCCGUGCCGAGCCUGCGUUGAGGAAAGAGGUCGUCGAGUAUAUGUUGGAUGUGGAUUCACAUAUGUGGAGCAUGAGGAGAAGCAAAGCCAAUUUCUUCAGAAUAAUGGGAGUUUUUGGCGGCUUGAUGGCCUUUGGUAAAUGGUUUGAUCAUAUUUGCAACUGGAAGAACCCCAUUACAACAGUAUUAAUCCACAUCCUUUUCAUCAUUUUAGUUCUUUAUCCCGAGCUCAUUCUUCCAACCAUCUUUCUCUACCUUUUCGUUAUCGGUAUAUGGAACUUCAGGCGUAGGCCUAGACACCCCCAACACAUGGACACCAGGUUGUCUCAUGCUGAUGCAACUCAUCCUGAUGAACUAGAUGAAGAAUUUGACUCCUUUCCUACAUCCCGAUCUACCGAUAUCAUUCGGAUGAGAUACGACCGCCUUCGGAGCAUAGCCGGGAGGGUGCAAACUGUGGUCGGGGAUCUUGCAACUCAAGGAGAAAGGUUUCAAUCGCUACUGAGUUGGAGAGAUCCAAGAGCAAGUGCUCUCUUUGUAACAUUCUGCUUGAUUGCCGCUAUAAUUUUGUAUGUUACACCAUUUCAAGUUAUUUGCCUUGUUGCAGGCAUUUAUGUGCUGAGGCAUCCAAGAUUUCGCCACAAACUUCCUUCUGUUCCUUCAACCUUCUUUAGAAGAUUGCCUGCAAGAUCAGACAGCAUGUUGUGAGCAGAAGUUUAUUUGAAUUAGUGUUCAUUGCCUGUUAUAUGUAUUCCAUGACAUUAACUAGUUAGAUACUAUGUACUUGUUACCCUUGGAAAAUGAUUCAAAGUCUCUUGAAACUCCAUCUCCUUCGGUUUGUUCACUUCGAAGUCUAUGUUUAAUGGUAUUCAACUCCAUGAAUCGAAAAAGAAAUAUUUAUUGGUUCUCC